AUGGUUUUUGGAUUGGUGAACAAAGGUGUUCCUUGGACGGAGGAAGAGCACAGACUGUUCCUGUUAGGGUUGCACAAAGUUGGAAAGGGAGAUUGGAGAGGAAUUUCUAGAAACUUCGUCAAAACUCGCACGCCAACUCAGGUCGCCAGUCACGCUCAGAAGUACUUCCUCCGUCGCCACAACCAGAACCGCCGCCGCCGGAGAUCUAGCCUCUUUGACAUCACUACCGAUACGGUGAUGGAGUCUUCUACUAUAAUGGAAGAAGAACAAGUUCAGCAGGAAACGGCGGCGCUGACUAUCCCCGCAGCAUAUCCGCCGUCGCAUUACGGCGGUUUCCCUGGCGCAGGUUUUCCGAUGAGUCUAUCUCCAGUGGUUUUACCGGCGAGCAGUGAGAGGCUAGCCAAGCCGAUUAGGCCGACGCCGAUUUUGCCGGUCCCACCGUCGUCGAAGAUGGCUAGUUUGAACUUGAAAGAGAAAGCUUCUCCGACUAAUCUCAUAGAGCCUUUACCGUUGUCGUUGAAUCUGCCAUCGCCGACGCCGCGGUCACAGGAUCAGUCACCGGCGAGUAGUGACCACUCAUCGCCGUCGUCGUCAUCAUCGGCUUUUCAGGCGAUUUCUGCUGGGAAGUUCGGCGGCGGUGGGGACAGUAUCAUCAGCGUUGCUUGAAAAGAAGGAAACCUAAAAAAAUUAGCGUCAUUAAGUUACUAUUAAGCAAGUACGGUCGUGGAUAAUUUGAAUAUGUAAAUUAAUUUUACAAAGUCGGAGAUGUAUCCAAGAGGGGGAAAAUUGAAGAUA